CAGUGGCAGACAUGGUGAGAAUUACCGAAGACAUGGUCCGCCGGCGCGCGGAACACAACAACUGUGAGAUCUUCUCGCUCGAGGAGCUCUCGCUCCACCAACAAGACAUCGAGCGGCUCGAGCACCUGGACCGGUGGUGUCGCGAGCUACGGAUCCUCUACCUGCAGAACAACGUCAUCCCGCGAAUAGAAAAUGUCUCGAGACUGAAGAAGUUGGAGUAUCUCAACCUCGCGCUCAACAACAUCGAGAUCAUCGAGAACCUGCAGGGUUGCGAGAGUCUCCAGAAGCUGGAUCUGACGGUGAAUUUUGUGUGGUGCGUGUCGAGCGUGGCGUCUCUGAGGGCCAACACACACCUGAAGGAGCUCUUCCUGCUGGGCAACCCCUGCGCCAGUUACCAUGGUUACCGUCAAUACGUCAUCGCCACACUGCCCCAACUACAGUCAUUGGACGGCGAGCCCAUCAGGAGGGCGGAGCGUAUCCGAGCGCUCUCAUUGGAGCAGCUGAGGAAGAGUGUCCUGGACCAGGAGGCGGAGCAACGACAGAAAAGAGAACGAGAGAAGCGGGAGGCCAGAGACCACGGGAGCGAUGACAGGAGCCCAGCGUGUGAGGCGGAGAGGCUAGAGCGGGAGAGGGAAUUCUGGGAAACGCCAUGUGACUUCAGCCCAGAGUCCAGACUGGAAGCACAUCGCCACCUGGAGGAGAAGAGGCGCCAGUGCAACUCAGACAGGGGGAAAAGCCCAAAGAAGACCAGAUCUCUGAUAGCUGAUGACGGAAGAAUGCUGAAUGUUAAUGAACCCAAGUUGAACUUCACACUAACGGAGGACGAGGAGAGUAACAGCAUUCAGCUGGACUUGCAUGUGUACAGGCACCUGGACACAUCUCUGAUGGAGGUGGAUGUUCAGCCCACAUACCUCCGAGUUGCAGUCAAAGGAAAGGUGUUCCAGUUGGUCCUUCCUGCAGAAGUGAAGACAGACAGCAGCACUGCUCAGAGAUCCCAAACUACUGGACACUUGCUCAUCACCAUGCCAAAGGCACAUGGGGAGAUUAAGCCUAAGAAGUUACCUGAACGAAAGCCUCUGCUGUCCCAUAGCAACCUGCCCUCAAAGGAAAACAGCAGGCAGUGGCUGGAGGUAGACUCCAGUAGAGGGUUGUGUGUAGACCUGACUAACAUCGUUGCAGAUACACUUCCUGCUUCACUGUUGCCACGGAAACCACAGGAAGUACCGGUCUCCAAGGACUUUGUAGACAACUCAGAAGUCCCACCUCUGAUAUAAAACAGAUGUGUGUGUGUGUGUGUGUGUUAAUUUUUUUCUAACAUGUUUCACAUUAUGUGAAGUGUAAUGGCUCACAGACUAAUAAAUGUCAAACGUUU